GGCGCCGGCGGCGGCUGCUCUCGCUGCGCCGGCUCCCGCGCGCUGUCCUCGCACCGCGGGUGGGCUCCGCAGCCCCCUGCCGGCCGCGGCCCGUGCCGGGUGGCGGCUCUCACCCUCCGCCUGCCCUCGGCCGAGGGCGGCCUGGCCCUUCCCGGGGGCUCCCCUCUCCUACCCGUGGCUCCCUUUUGGAGCUGGCUGGGGCACCCAACUUUGGCUUUCCUCGUCCGUCGCCCCCGCUGGGCGCGAACCUGCUCACCCCCGGCCCAGCUGCGCUCCCGGGAACCGUGCGGCUGGCGCUCACACCGACGUCCACAGCCCGGAGAGCGCGACGAGUGGCGGGUGGCUCUGGGGAAGUGGCAGGGGGCGGCGGCGGCCGCUGCCCCGACUUCCCUCUCGGGUGCACUGAAGAGGACCCUCCGAGCUGCUCCAGGGCCCCAGGCGCAUGAGGAGCGCGCCUCGCACCUGAGAGACUGUGCUGAAUGGCUCCCUUGUGUAGCUCGUCCAUGAUCACGGAGCGAGAAGGACAGUACCAGUGACACCCCGGGAAGGGCGCCCAGGUGCUGUGGAUCCUUAGUGUGAUACAUGAUCCAGGAAGCGCCCCCCCCUUCCCUCCUUGGCACUUGCCCCACAUGACAGAAAGGCGAGCUUCUGGUUAGAAGACACGUGCCCUGAGUCCAAGGCUGUCUGUCCACCAUGAAGGGGACCCGCGCCAUUGCAUGGCUACUCUCCAUCGUGGGGUGGUGGAGACUCGCCCAGCUGGAAUCAGACGCGUCUCAGUGCCAGCGAGCGGAGCACCCGGUCAUCUCCUAUAAAGAAAUUGGCCCCUGGUUACGGGAGUUCAGAGCGAAGAAUGCUGUGGAUUUCUCGCAGUUAACAUUUGACCCAGGACAGAAAGAACUUGUUGUAGGAGCAAGAAACUACCUCUUCAGGUUACAGCUCGAGGAUUUGUCUCUGAUCCAGGCUGUGGAGUGGGAGUGUGAUGAAGCCACCAAGAAGGCCUGUUACAGCAAGGGCAAGUCCAAGGAGGAAUGUCAGAACUACAUCCGGGUGCUUUUGGUGGGUGGCGACCGGUUAUUUACCUGCGGGACCAACGCCUUCACGCCUGUCUGCACCAACCGCUCGUUGAAUAACCUGACCGAGAUCCAUGAUCAGAUCAGUGGCAUGGCCCGCUGCCCCUACAGUCCCCAGCACAAUUCCACGGCUCUUCUGACGGCCGGCGGGGAGCUGUACGCCGCCACAGCCAUGGACUUUCCGGGACGGGAUCCCGCCAUUUACCGGAGCCUGGGCAUCUUGCCUCCACUCCGCACGGCGCAGUAUAACUCCAAAUGGCUCAAUGAACCAAACUUCGUGUCGUCUUACGACAUCGGAAAUUUCACCUACUUCUUUUUCCGAGAAAAUGCUGUGGAGCACGACUGUGGGAAAACCGUGUUCUCCAGGGCUGCCCGGGUCUGUAAGAACGACAUCGGGGGGCGCUUCCUGCUGGAGGACACCUGGACCACGUUCAUGAAGGCCCGCCUGAACUGCUCCCGGCCCGGGGAGGUCCCCUUUUACUACAACGAGCUGCAGAGCACGUUCUUCCUGCCCGAGCUGGAUUUGAUCUACGGCAUCUUUACCACCAACGUGAACAGCAUCGCCGCCUCGGCCGUGUGCGUCUUCAACCUGAGCGCCAUCUCCCAGGCCUUCAACGGGCCCUUCAAGUACCAGGAGAACUCGCGCUCCGCCUGGCUGCCGUAUCCCAACCCCAACCCCAACUUCCAGUGUGGCACGGUGGACCAAGGCCUGUACGUGAACCUGACGGAGAGGAACCUGCAGGAUGCUCAGAAGUUCAUUCUGAUGCACGAGGUGGUGCAGCCGGUGACCUCGGUGCCCGCUUUCAUGGAGGACAACAGCCGCUUCUCCCACAUGGCCGUGGACGUGGUUCAGGGCAGGGACAUGCUGGUCCACAUCAUCUAUCUGGCCACAGAUUACGGCACCAUUAAAAAAGUGCGGGCGCCCCUGGCCCCGGCUGCUGGCAGCUGUUUGCUGGAAGAGAUCGAGCUCUUUCCCGAGCGGCGGGGACAGCCCAUCCGGAGCCUGCAGAUCCUUCACAGCCAGAGCGUCCUGUUCGUGGGCCUGCAGGAGCACGUGGCCAAGGUCCCGCUGAAGAGAUGCCCGUUCUACCGCACGCGCAGUGCCUGCAUUGGGGCCCAGGACCCUUACUGUGGCUGGGACAUGGUGAUGAAGAAAUGCACGAGCCUGGAGGAGAGCCUGAGCAUGACGCAGUGGGAGCAGAGCACCUCCACCUGUCCUACGAGGAAUCUCACGGUGGACGGGCACUUCGGCGCGUGGUCUCCGUGGACGCCCUGCACGCACACGGACGGCAGCGCCGUGGGGUCCUGCCUGUGCCGCACCCGCUCCUGCGACAGCCCGGCCCCCCAGUGCGGCGGCUGGCAGUGCGAGGGGCCCCGCAUGGAGAUCGCCAACUGCUCCAGGAACGGAGGCUGGACCCCCUGGACCUCCUGGUCUCCCUGCAGCACCACCUGUGGGAUCGGCUUCCAGGUGCGCCAGCGGUCCUGCAGCAACCCCACUCCCCGGCACGGGGGCCGGGUGUGCGUGGGACAGAAUCGCGAGGAGAGAUACUGCAACGAACACUUGCUGUGUCCCCCGCACAUGUUCUGGACAGGCUGGGGUCCCUGGGAACGGUGCACAGCCCAGUGUGGGGGCGGCAUUCAAGCUCGCCGCAGGACCUGCGAGAAUGGACCUGACUGCGCAGGCUGUAAUGUGGAGUACCAGCCUUGCAACACCAACCCUUGCCCGGAGCUGAAGAAGACCACGCCCUGGACGCCCUGGACGCCCGUCAACAUCUCGGACAACGGGGGCCACUACGAGCAACGGUUCCGCUAUACCUGCAAAGCCCGCCUGCCUGACCCAAACCUGCUGGAAGUGGGAAGGCAGAGAAUCGAGAUGCGGUACUGUUCCAGCGACGGAACCAGCGGCUGCUCCACGGACGGUCUUUCUGGAGAUUUCCUGCGUGCUGGGAGAUACUCCGCCCACACCGUCAACGGGGCCUGGUCAGCCUGGACGUCGUGGUCACAGUGUAGCCGCGACUGCAGCAGGGGCAUUCGGAGCCGGAAGCGUGUUUGCAACAACCCCGAGCCCAAGUACGGGGGAAUGCCGUGCCUGGGCCCAUCCCUGGAAUACCAGGAGUGCAACAUUUUGCCCUGCCCAGUGGACGGCGUCUGGUCUUGCUGGUCUCCCUGGUCAAAGUGCUCGGCGACGUGUGGAGGUGGGCACUACAUGAGGACGCGCUCGUGCACAAACCCAGCCCCAGCCUACGGAGGGGACAUCUGCCUGGGGCUGCACACGGAGGAGGCGCUGUGCAACACGCAGCCCUGCCCGGAGAGCUGGUCGGAGUGGUCAGACUGGUCUGAGUGCGACGCGUCUGGAGUCCAGGUCCGUGCCCGCCAGUGCAUCCUUCUGUUUCCUGUGGGCAGCCAGUGUUCUGGAAACACCACCGAGAGCCGGCCGUGUGGCUUUGAUUCCAACUACAUCCCAGAAGUUUCUGUGGCGAGGUCCAGUAGCGUAGAAGAGAAACGAUGUGGGGAGUUCAACAUGUUCCACAUGAUCGCCGUGGGGCUGAGCAGCUCCAUCCUGGGCUGCCUCCUUACACUGCUCGUCUACACCUACUGCCAGCGCUACCAGCAGCAGUCCCACGACGCCACCGUCAUCCACCCUGUCGCUCCCGCCCCCCUCAACACCAGCAUCACCAACCACAUCAACAAACUGGACAAGUACGACUCGGUGGAAGCCAUCAAGGCAUUUAACAAAAACAACUUGAUCCUAGAAGAAAGAAACAAGUACUUCAACCCGCAUCUCACCGGGAAGACCUAUUCUAAUGCCUACUUUACAGAUCUCAAUAACUACGAUGAGUACUGAUAGCUGUUCUAUUGUUGGCUUCUCAUAAUGCCCCGUUCCUCAAGGCCUGUGCUCCAUGACUGCCCAUGUUUCUAAGACUUCAGAGAUGAAGUCUGGAUGCCUUUCAAGUGCAUUUCAAGCCACGAGUUUCCCAUUGCUGCCAAAAGCAACAAAAAUCCCGAAAAGCAACAAAAAUCUAGAUAUGAUGUCGUGAAAAUCUGGUCUAAAUGCUUGAUCGUUGUCAAAUGAGCCAUGGCGUGAAGUUUUGUUUAUAGUUUUUUGUUUUUUGUUUUUUUUUAUUGCCGUUUGGUCCAUUUUUCUAACAAGUCUGUUGUUUUACUUGCGCUUUUUAAUAAAUGUACCACCCACGUAGGAAGAAGUCUUUAGAAAUAGGAAUGCCUUCCUGUUCUUGAGCAUAAAUCUUCAUGACGUGUUUAUUCAAGAAAAUAGACACUUCCGACGAGAGUCCCCCUCCCGCCACAAAGAGUGUUAGGUCCGUGGUAUUUGGUAAAAUGAGGGCUAGGAAUGUGGCUGUAGUUACUCAACAUGGAUCUCCCAUCUUCCCAACCUGGAUCAUUCUGUGGAAACCUCGGAAGCAACUUGUGUGUUUGGACUUGGAAUGGUUCUCACCUGGGCAAGGGCAGGGAUUCACCCUGGCUUGUGUCUGCGGAGGUGAUGAUGGCAUGAGGUGUGACACACUCAUCCCUCCCUUAGUCUUGAUGCACUUCCGGUGUCACCCCUGGUGGAGCUGAGCGUAAAGACCAGAGGCUCAUCCAUGAUGAAGGGUUUAGCCCUCCGCAUGACGCUGCAGGGCUAGCCGUCAUAUUCUCGCUUCUGGACUUCCUGGCAUUCCCGGGAGCUGCCUGUCGUGCAGUGGGCCCGGAAGCCCACCUGUCCGGUCCGGUCCUGGAGAGCCAUGCGUAGAACCACCACUCACUCACCAUCUGGAGAGCCUCCUCAUCCUCUCCGUCCCUGCAAGGAAAGAUCAUGAACACCCAUGACACCAAUGAGGGAAGGUAUUAAAAAAUACUUUGAAAUAGAAUUGAAACCAGCUUUUUUUUUUUUUUUUUUUUAAAUUUUCCAUGUCAUAGAAAGGAUCAAAAGAACUGACCUUUAAGGAGAAGCAACUUUGUAUUUUCUGUGUGCUGAGAGAACUAGUGUGUGGCCAUCAGCCCCCUCCCAGCGCAUUGCUGAUGAGUGAAGCCGGCUUUCUGCAGCCCAUCGAUGUUCAUAUUGACGUAAGCCCCAAGUACCCAGCUGUCAUUUGCCGCCUCCGGGUCAGGUGAGGAGGACACAUUUGUUCUGGUGCCUUGUGUUUCUCUGUCAGUGCUGCCCUCUCCUCCGCCCCUCCCACUUCUCCCUGCACCGAGGCAAUCGCAUUUCAAGAUGUACCUUGAGAAAGCAGGAGAGUAAGGUUUUCAGUGAUCCCUGCAGUUCUGAGCAUUGAUCAUCGCUAAGCAUUUCAGAGUGUUGUUAUAUUACUCAUAGAAGUCCCUGGAAAGGCCAAAAAAAAAAAAAAAAAAAAGGCAGGAGAAAUUACUCAUAAACAACUAAUACAGUUGGUUGAAUAAUUUCCAAAAGACUGGAACUGUUCGUCUGACACCCCCACACCCGCGGAUGCGGUGAUGACGACCGACGUGGACAGUCCAUCAGGUUCUUACUGCACAGUGAACCUUCAGAUCCAUGGACACCACAGCAUAGACACUGAGGUGCACAGGCUUCUUAGCACCCAUGCUUUUAUCCUAUCUAGUUUAAAGACACAAUUUCAGAGGGUGUUGGGGAAAAUCCCACAUUUAGUCAUGAGUAUUGUUGUAUUGAAAAUAUUCUCCUACAGCCAGAGUUUCACAAGCUAUUCUGCUAAAAUUCCAAUUUAAAUGAUGGGGGUCUCUGGGAGGUUGGAGAGAGGACACCGGAGUGGUGUUCUGGAUCUUUCCAACGGGCGUCCAUGUUGUCUGUCCUGUGCGGCUUCUCUGCUGUGUGCAACCGCUCUGCUUGGACACGGAGAGCCGAAGUCCACACCGAGGAGGUGAAAUUCCGCCAGAUGGCUUCCCCGCUGCCCUUCAGCUAGAUUCGCACCGGAUGCUCCAACUUGGGCGUCCCUUUCCUUGAAGAAACAUGUCCUCACUGCGAAGCACAUUGUAGCUGCUUUAGAAUCCCUCCCCCAGGUGUUUUCUAAGCGUAAAUGUUCAUUUUUCUCUCCCCUGGGAAACGGAAUACUAAUAUUUUGAGAAAACAUCGCUGGACCUGACUGGAAAUGCUAAGUCCACGCUGGGUCCCCGUGCGGCUCCUGCAGUGACCGGGGCGGCGCCCUCUCUCCACGAGUUCUCGUGUUGCGGAUUAUCCGUCCUGGGACUUGUCACCGCCAAAAACAAUGCUCUCGUUUUCGUCCUCUGAAGCUCUGCGCAAAGGAAGACGACUGUGGCUUCGCGCGCGCUCUCCCUCUCUCAUUUCACAGAAUUUCAGUCGGUUAAGAAUAAUUUUAACUACAUUCUAACUAUUUUAAGCAGCUUUGGGGUAGCUUCGGCUUUUCCGUCCCUCCGUGGCCGCUGCUCCCAGCUGCGCGCCUCCCCGCGGUCCCCCGGUUGGUGCCUGAGCCCCAGGUCGGCUGUCACUGGGGAGCCCCCACGCGCACCCGGGUGUCCUCCCUGAAGUCGCCCUCCCGGAGGCUGCCACCUUUGCCUUCCCCGGGGGUCGCACUGUGCGUUUCUGAAUGACGGCUGUUUUCUGUCUUUCUCUUCCUUCUCCUUCCUUCCUUCCCUCCUCCUCCUCCUCCCUCCCUAGUACAAGCAGCACAGAUCGGGAUUACUGCCGCACCCCGCUUUGAACCCAACAUCAAUGGCACUGACCACAGUUUAAUCUCUAGGAUUAUUUCUGGCUAGGGCUGAAGUUUGCCUGUUUUCAUUAGGAAAGUGGCUUUCGUCUCACAUUAAAGUCUUUGGAAGGGAUUCCCAGGGUCGGGGCUGCUCAGGGUCCUUUCUCUGGCCGGAGGAGUCCCCGCGCUGAAUGCGCAGCCGGUGGAGGCCCCGUCCUACGGAGGGAGACCACAGCACAGCUUUCCCCAGGAGCGCUGUGGACCAGCGGCUGGCAUGAACAUGGGUUCGUCACCCCUGAGCGAUGGGACAGCGACUUGGGAGCAGCUCUGCCCCACGGAAGCCCCUCCGCCAGCAGACUCCGUGCUUCUGCGCUCGGUUGCCAGGCCCGCUGGAGGCCCAUGUCCGUGAUGCUUUGGGGCAGUCUCUGCACCCCACUCCCGCGGGGACGUCCAGCAAGCCCACUCAGGUGUGUCCUGACCGCCAGUGGCGCUUCCCUGUGUGCGCGCCGGGCCGGGCGGGGUACCUCAGGGCCUGUGGAGGAAUGGACGGUGCGGGACAUGCAUCCCUGCCCCGGAGUAGCCCUGUCCCUGGGAAGGGGUCGCCCCCGUGCUCAGGGUGGACCAGGGUCUGGUCCCACGGACUCACGGAGUGAUGCCAGAGGGCAGAGAAGCAAAAGUGAGAAAAGGUGACAAUGGGGACCCAGUGGCUCCCGAGCUGAGUGUGAGGGCGGGUCCCAGGUGGGGAGCCGGGAUGCGCGCACAGUUCUGUGGGUCUGACGCUGGGACUCUUCCAGAACCGACUGUCCUGAGGGCGGGAGUUUCAGCCGAGGAUGGCCUUAUUUCCUUAUUUCUCUGCACAGGGGUGAGAGUCGUGGGACUCAAAGUCCAGGACGGUGAGGGUUUCCACUGGAGGCUUUGGCAGAAUCCAUGGGUCAGACCGCCUUUCUGAGUUAGGGACACAGUCUCAGCGGAGGAGUCCCGUGUCCCCAGGAUACUCCAGGGUCUACUGGAAGUUCGGAGUAGAUUUUAUGUUACACAUCUAUCAAGUCUGCACUCAGCUAAUCAUCUUUGCAUAAACACUGCCGUAAUACACACUGAAGGUGUAGUGUUGGUAGCAUCUGAGUUCACAAAUAUCCUGCUGCUCCUUUAUGACAUUUUCCUUGCUUUCAGAAUAAAUCAUGGACUUGACCCCUACAGUGUUAAAACACCUUCAGCAGGUCUUUUACUCUCCAUUGGGGUUUUCUGGUUUCUGGUAUUUAAUGGGCGCUCUCCAUGGAAUUCAGCAUUUUCAUCUCAAAAGCUGGCUUGGGGCCCCCACCCAGGGACAACAGGUACCCGUGCGGGGUACAGUGAAUGGCUUCUGCCUCAAAACAGCCAUUCUCCACAGAGCUGGAAGUCCCUAAGCAUAAACCUCCAAUAAUCAGUGUUCCUGAAGGUGAGAAUUACAAUGAGAACCGUAACUCCUACGCAAACUCUGAGGUACUUUUAAGAUGAGGCAAAAAGGAGUUCUCGAUUGUGUUGGCAUGCCCAAUACAUUCACCCCUUCUCCUGUCUCCAUUAUGUCCUGGCCAUUCUUGUCACCUGGUGAGAAUAGGAGGACACAGCAUUGUAGGCUUGAUGACCUAUGAUAAUCUGUUAUCAGAAAACAAAGCCAUGUUGAGCACAUUGCUUCUCUGGACAAUGGGUGUGAUAUGGGAGAAGGUAAAGUAGCAGUCACUUUGACCAGAAGAAUGCGCAAAAAGGAAUGCCGGGGGCACCUGGGUGGCUCAGUUGGUGAAGCAACUGCCUUCGGCUCAGGUCAUGAUCCUGGAGUCCCGGGAUCAAGUCCCACAUCAGGCUGCCUGCUCAGCAAGGAGUCUGCUUCUCCCUCUGACCUCUCCCCUCUCCUGUUCUCUCUCUCUCUCUCAAUAAAUAAAAUCUUCAAAAAUGACAAUUACUGCUCAGUGCAUUACAAUGGAAGAUCAAAGAUUUGGAAUUUAUUUCUGUUGUUCUCCCUAGUUGAGGUCAUGAAUAAUAAGUGAGAAAUACUUUGUAACUCUACAAACACUGACUCAAGGUAUUCCUAUUUUCUGUUUUUGAUAACCCGAUAAAAUACAGGGAAAUAAAUUGCCAGAAUCCUUGCUUUUCCUUUUGGAAAUUGAAAAGUAGUGAACAAGAUGCAAUGUUGGACUAUUGGCAGGGAUUUCUAGAAUGUCUAUUCUGUACCCCCCUUUUUAAUGGACAUAUUAAAGAUGUGUUAUAUGUAUUUUGGGGACCUGAUGGAUCAAGGUUUUUUUGUCUAUCAUACAUCACAUUAUCAAAAAUUUGGUACAUGUUACAAAAGCAUCAGGAAUGGAGAUUGUUCUCUCUUGAAAAUGUAGCUUACACUGCACAGGGACUUAAAACAUCAUCAAAACCAACUUCAGAGCCUGAUACCAAGUGUACAGUUCCUGAUGUACACUGCCUCGCAGUAUUUGCAAAAGAUCAUAUUCGUUCUGCAAUCCGGAGCAAUCAAGCUUCUUACCCUUGACCAGAGUCAGGAUCAAUUUUUGCUCAAACAGGCUUUUCUGUAUUGAUAUGAUGAGGGUAACUAGCCAAGGAUAUUUUAAAUCCUGAAAGGAACAAAGUAGAGAGAGGAGACCACACUGCAGCAUUUCUUAAACCAACAUUUUGGACAGGUAAUGCCAUCCAUUCCAUCUCUUCCCAUUUAGGAAGAAAUCCGAGGCCAGUGGUGGUAACAUGACCCUUUUCUUUUUCAGCUUCGUGGCAGCUUAAUGCCACACAGUCCAAAUGUGAGGUGAAUGGCAGUACAAACAGUGGUUCAGAUGGGUUCAAGUGCUCAAUAAACACGAGCUGGGAGGAAAAUCGGGAUUCUGGAAAAUCCUAAACUGUCCUCCUCUCCUGUCGCUGAGAAGAAAGCAUUGUUAGCCAUCCUCCGUAAGCACAGAUGGUUUAAUUUGCCAUGAAAAGUUGCCAGUGCCUUGUUUGAGAUGGUGAUUUAUCAUCGUAUCUGGGCAUUACUGGUUCUAGUUCAAAGCAGAGGGUUGAUUGGCUCACCUGGAAGGAAAUCAUUCUUUUAUAUCUCUUGGAUCUCAGGAAUGGAAAAUGACCUAAGGAGCACAUCCUAGAUGUGAUGUCUGCCCCCAUUAGCAGAGCAGGUGGCACCAGAACAAGGGCAGAGGUGUGUUCCAUCACUUUAAUUAUACAUCUUCCACAAAAAACCUUGGACCAAUGAUAGGGUUGCCGAUGAGCUGCCAAUGGAUGUCAUAAGCUUUGUUACUGUCCCUCUUCAGGCAGGUCCACAGACAGAGGAAAAUCAGGCUGGUGACAGCUGGCACGGAUACACUGAGUGGAAUGAGAACCACCUAAAACUUUGUGUGCUUUUUUUUUUUUUUUUUAAGUCAAUGUCAACAUUGCUUACAAGUACACAAAGUUGUCAACCUUAAUUUGGUGUAGGAAAGUUAAUGGUGUUUUCUCGACUAAAAGUGGUUUUUCUUAUACUGUGACUGUUGGCCAACAUCAAACUUGAACUUCUGCCAUUUGAAGGAAAUCACAGUUUGAGCCUUCAACCCCAGCACCUCCAUCCACCACUGAAAGCUCUGUGUCAUCUGCAAAGAAAAUGCACAAACGUGGUUUAUUGUAGCAUUCUUCAAAAGUGGGUAACAAAGCUUGUGUGUAUGCCCCUUGAUAUGAUUUAUGAAGACGUUAUGAAAUUAAAUUCCUCGUUCUAUGUUAGUUUGCUUUUGCUGCUUUGUGAUGCAAAAUAAACUUAUUUGGAAUUGUUUCAUUUUUCCACUGAACCUUCUCCAAAGCCAACUUCAGCCCUUGGGAAACUUGCAGAAAGUUCUCGACUUUAAAAUUAAUUUUUAAAAUACAAUAUGUAUUAAUAAUCAGAAUGGGACUCUUUACAUGAGGCAACGUGGCCUUUCUCUUCCUUUAAACGAGGAACUGGAGUUUCAGUUGCCCUGUUGGAAAUCUCUUGAAGUGUCAGAACUUUCUUCAUAGGGCUGUUGGGUGCACUUUUUUCCCCUGUCCUUACAUUCGGUUUUCAAGGUUUCAUUUGCACAAAAACCUUGUUGUUAGAAAUGUGUAAUACAAAUUUCCAGUAGUCUUCACUUUUAUGUGUUCUGUUCAUCAGUACGUUGGUCUUAAAUCCUCACUCGAGAGCUGUCCAGGUCUAUAUCCAAGAAUGUUGUUUAAUGACACCUGACAGAUAUAUUGCUUUCAAAAAUCAGUUUGCGAUACCACUUGUGACACCCCAGGCAGGGAGCUCAUGUGCUACUCCAUUGGAUCAGUUAUGGAAAUUUUGAGAAGAGGCUUGGCUGGUGGGGGGCGGGGCGGGGUUACCCGCCAAUCAGCAGAAACCAACCCACACCUACUGUAGGUCCCAACUUUCCAGAAAGCAAACAUAUAAGAUAAAAUGAUCUGUUAUUAAGAAGGGGAAAUGUCGUGCUCACUCACUGCUCUUGUGAAUUUCCAGUUUCUGUAAUCCAAACCAAUUUUAACAAUUUUUUAACCAAUAAAUUCAUGAAGAAUGAUCAUGAGUGCCACUAAGAGUGCAAUCUUCCCUCCAUAGCACCCCUCCACAUCAUCUCUAUCUGCCAACGUUUUUCAGACAAAAGAAGAGAAUCCUGACUAUGUACAGUAUAAAUUGUAUUAUAUUUUUUGUACUUAUGUUUUAUGUAAAUAGUUUGUCUCAUUCAAUUGUAUGUGAGCAUUGAAAUAAAUCCUACCAUUUAGGAAACAA